CCAAUUUUCCUGAACAAGUAGUAGACAAUCUUCCAGCUGAUGUGUCCACUGGCAUUUAUUAUGGCUGGGCCAGUGUCGGGAGUGGAGAUGUCCAUAAAAUGGUGGUGAGCAUAGGAUGGAACCCAUACUACAAGAAUGUGAAAAAGUCCAUGGAAACCCACAUCAUACAUACCUUCAAAGAGGACUUCUAUGGGGAAAUUCUCAAUGUGGCCAUUGUUGGCUACCUCAGACCAGAAAAGAACUUCGAUUCUUUAGAAUCACUUAUUUCAGCAAUUCAAGCUGAUAUUGAAGAAGCCAAAAAGCAACUGGAUUUGCCAGAACAUUUGAAAUUCAAAGAUGACAAUUUCUUCCAAGUUUCUAAAGGCAAAAUUAUGAAUGGUCACUGAAAAAUGCCUUAUCUGUCCACUAACUGUAGUGUCUCAUUGCCUGUGAUACAGUCUCACCUUGGUCAUAUUUUAAAUGGAACCUUUCUCUGUAGCUGUCAAGUGGUCUUCAGCUAUUACCUCCAUCAUGUUAUAUAGUACUAAAAGAUUCAUUCAAAAAUCAAGACUUUUAAAAUGUAAUAUGUUGAUUAAAAUGUAGCACUAGAAAGCUAGUGUCUUGAAGUGGAAAUAAAGUCUGUGAAUGUGGGUGGAAGUGAA